AUCGCAUUGUUUAAAGCCACGAGACCAUCCGGCGCCUGGGCAGGUAAUACUGAUUCUGGAGAAAUGGCCGUCAUCCAGAAAGACCCAGAACUGUCAACUGGUGAACGCGGACCCGAAAGUGGCGAGCAGACGGCACCAAAUGCUGGGGAAGAUGUCUGGGACGAAGAGCGCAUUGAGAGAGCGCUGAAUACUGUCAAGGAAAUGCACAUCCAGCUACGCGCCUUGCGAACCACGAUCCCACAACUCCUUGCGCCUCUGGCGACUAAACAGCCAUCACCUGAAGCUCUUUUCCAUGAAUUCUCGGCCUCUCCAAACACUGCCAAUCAAGAAGUGCAACAAUUCCGAAGGUUAAUGACGGACGAGGAGAGCAAUAAGAUCCUAAAGCAAGCCAAGAAGAGUCGUGCAGAGAAGCCUCAAGGAAUCAAGCCUUGGAGGGUCACCGAACAUGCAGACUGGCUGACAAGAGAGACAUAGUAUCCGUGGUCCACCAUAUAUGAAAUUUCUCUUUUUGGAAUACUGGUUAUAUUUAUAUGCAUA